GGUUUGCAAUGACAACGUUAGUCUUCCAGCCUGUAGGAGGCAGUACACGGCUUGCCCGGGUGUUAGAUUACAUGUGGAAGUGGCAAGAAGCUAGUUUCUGUGUCAAGUAAUGCAGUACAUUAUAUCAGCAAAGAUUAAACAAGCGAGAAAAACAAAACAAAACUGCUGUCUUGCACUGCACUGAACGUUAAGUUCGUACAUUUCCAUAGUAACCAGAAUGUUCGUAAAUUUAAAGGAUUUGGAGGAGACGCAGGGAGAAAGACGAUUACAGGAUCAUUUUCUCCUACAAGUAAGGCGUUGAAUGACAUUUUAAAAUUAAGAAGUAUCAUUUACUAUUUUUGCAUUUUGAGACCUGACAGAAACAAAGACAAAAUCUGGAAUUGUUAGCAGACCAUUUUACCUUUACGAAACACUAAACGUAAGAAAUGUUUCACCGGUAGUUUCAACAUUAUUGUCUGGCUAAGGAAAACAUGCACAAACAACAACAGUUUGCAUAUCGAUUAUCAUAAGUUAAUUUGUUUUCAUGCAAAACUUGUAGCUGCAGAAAUUCUCAGAAGUGCGACUUUGUUGUAUUUUUGAAAUUCAGUGAUAAAUAAAGCGGAGCAUUUCAUUACACGUAGUGAAAAAGCUAAAAGUACAGUACUUUUUAUUUCAGUGUAAACAUAAAGCAUGCUCAAAUGUCACAAAUCCAUGGAAUGAGUUGCAAUUGAGCUUGUUAGAUAAAACAGUAGAUACACAUUUAACAAAAAUGCUAAGCAAAUGAAACACGUCAAGCGCUGGUGUUUAUUAAAUUAAAAUAUAAUUUAAUUGAAGGCGCUAAUGCUGCAACACUUAAAACAAAAUACAAUUAUUACAUUUACACCAAAUCUGGAAACAUAAUGAUAAAGUGCUUAUCAAAGGAAGUGCAGGCAAAACUCCGAUCUGGCAUUGCCAUCUUCUCAUUGACCCAGUGUGUGGAGGAGCUUCUCCUGAACAGCAUUGAUGCUGCUGCAACUUGCGUGGCUGUCAGGGUGGAUGUCGAGGCUUGCAAAAUCCAAGUUUUGGACAGUGGUUUCGGUAUGGACAGGGAGGACAUGGAGAGUGUGGGAAACCGGUAUUUUACAAGCAAGUGCAGUACUGUAGAAGAUCUGGAAAACCUGAGGUUUUAUGGUUUCAGAGGGGAGGCUAUUGCAAGCAUAGCUAAUGUGGCUAACCUGGUGGAAAUUUCAUCCAGAACCAGCAGGUCUGCUCAAACCUUUGGUAAAGUCUUUAAGGAUGGCAAGCCGUUGGAUGUCUAUGAGGCUGAAACCACCAGACCAAGCUCAGGCACGACAGUGGUGAUCUGCAAUUUGUUUUACAACUUGCCGGUGCGGAGAAAAAACAUGAAUUCGAUUCUGGAAUGUGAACGGAUAAGGCAGAGGAUAGAAGCAAUCUCUCUUAUGCAUCCCUCUGUUUCGUUCACAUUGAAAAAUGAUUCCACUGGAUCAAUGAUAGUCCAGCUGUCCAAAUCAAAAAGCAGUUAUUACAGGUUUAACCAAAUUUAUGGACUGGGAAAAUCUCAAAAACUUAGAGAGAUCAGCUAUUCCUACAAGCAAUUUGAAAUGAGUGGCUAUAUCAGUCGUGAGGGUCACUAUAACAGCAGCAUGCAGUUUUUAUAUGUAAACAGUCGACUGGUUUUAAAAACCAGGCUUCAUAAAUUAAUAAAUAUUUUAUUGAAGAAAGUGAGUGUUGUCUGCAAGCAGAAAGACAGCCAAAAAAUGGUCACUACUCCUGCAAGUCCCUCUAGGCACAGGGCUAGUUCAGAGUUGCAGGGGGUGUAUGUUAUUAAUAUUAAAUGCCAUUACUCAGAGUAUGAUGUAUGCAUUGAACCUGCAAAAACCUUAAUUGAGUUUAGAGACUGGGAUGGCGUGUUGGUCUGUGUCGAGGAAGGAGUCAGGAAAUUCCUGACCAGGGAGAAUUUGGUGGCUGAGAUUUCAAGUGAUGACAUACAGGAGUUUAUAGAGGAAGGCAACCUUACAAUGCAAGCCACCAGCGCCAAUAGCAAUGCUUGCAAGGAAAACGAUAUAGUGGGAAGUUGUAAGUCUGCAUGUGAGAACAUUAUAGAACCUUACGAUAUAAAAACACUGAGAUCUAAAGCUGUUCAUAGGCCACUAGUAUUUGCUUCUAAUGUAAGUGGAAGUAACGGUAAUGAAAAUGUGGCCAGUAGUAGCGAUUUAAAGGAAAAGAUUCCUUUACUUCGGGAUAGAACAAACUCCAGGUCUGCCGUCACAGAUGACAACAGCUCAUCGGCUUCAAAUGUGCAAAGUUUAGAAAAAGAGACCAAUAAAAAUCAGCCUGCUAAAGCGUCAGAAAUCUCAGGACUUUGUGUAACUUCAGAUGUCAAGAAUAACUGUUUUGAAGAGUGCAAUAGCGUGACCAAAUUGAAAACAAAUCUGUGUAUAGAAAGCUCUGAAGAUACACUGAAACAGUUUGAAAGCCAGGACAGCAUACUGAUGGACAAUAACAUAGAAACUGAGAAAAACAUAGACCUUGAUCCUGCCCUUCAUGUAGAGGGUAGCACAGCCUGCACACAGAGUGAGGUAAUACAUGCAGAGGGUAGCACAGCCUGCACACAGAGUGAGGUAAUACAUGUAGAGGGUAACACAGCCUGCACACAGAGUGAGGUAAUACAUGUAGAUGGUAGGACAGCCUGCACACAGAGUGAGGUAAUACAUGUAGAUGGUAGGACAGCCUGCACACAGAGUGAGGUAAUACAUGUAGAGGGUAGCACAGCCUGCACACAGAGUGAGGUAAUACGUGCAGAGGGUAGCACAGUGUGCACACAGAGUGAGGUAAUACGUGCAGAGGGUAGCACAGCCUGCACACAGAGUGAGGUAAUACGUGCAGAGGGUAGCACAGUGUGCACACAGAGUGAGGUAAUACGUGCAGAGGGUAGCACAGCCUGCACACAGAGUGAGGUAAUACAUGUAGAGGGAAGCACAGCCUGCACACAGAGUGAGGUAAUACAACUCAAGAAGCACAACCCAGCUCCACAAACAGACAAAGCAAUUAACACAGAAUCAGUGAGGCCAAAACUGGGUACAACAGGUUUCAUACAUCAUGUGAUACCAGUAAGGAAUGAAAAUGAGAAUAAAAACCAUGAGGGGCUGGUGAGGUUUUGUCACCGUGGUCCUGUUAGUGCCCAGGAUAUAUUUAAAGAAAAGCAGCACAACCUGGAACAAAACACAUUUCUGCUUAAGCAGCAAUGUUGUACAUUAACUAUGCAGCACGUAAAGCAAUCUACCAGUGAAGACUGGAGGACACUUUUCAGUUCCAGAGGGGAUACAUUUAGCAACUGUGUAGAUAGUAAUAAACAAUCAGAUGAGUCAAACCAGAAGAUUACAUUAUCUAACAUUUUAAAAACAGUGGAGGAUUUCAAAGGUUCUAUGGACACAAUGGUUGGGUUAUCCACAGGAUCCCAAACCAAACAACGCAGCAAACUGUCCCUGCCUGUGAGAAUAGGAUCCUUGGAUAGGUUUAGAAGGAUGUAUGGAAAAACGUGUCCUUAUGCAGUUCAAUACUCCUGUCAAGAUAGUAACAACAAUUUAAGUACAGCAGCUGACAGUAAUCCUGCUGAAGCAAAGCGAGAUGCCUCCACUAGUAAUGAAGAGGACAGCUGUAGUAGAUCUAAUAACUCUUCAAAGAACUGGGAAAGGAAUGAUUACACUAAAGAAGAGAAUGCCAUUACUCUUUCUGAUUACACGCAAAUAAAGAAAGCAUCACUAAAUACCAGCAAGCCAGACGGGUCCCUUGCUACAAAACUGUCGAAGUUGAAGGGUUAUCAGAAGAACAAUACCAAGGUGCAGCCUGUGGGAGACAUUAGUGUCAGUGGUGCCCAGAAGGAUAGUGGAGAUCUCCGGCUUAUGCAUAGUAAUAACAGCAAUGCAGAAACACCCUCCAAAAUGCCAUCCAAUAAAAAAAACCACGUAACUAAUAAUUGUUUGAAGGGAUGUGAGAGUGGAGAGAAUAACAUUGAACAAACUGUAGACUUUGAAGGCAACCAAAAAGAAGGCAUCGUAAUAAGUGCGACAUAUUUGCAUCCUGAUACUGGGUACAAAGGAUGUGCAUUGAUUGCUCCCAGCCAGUCAGAUGGCGCAGCUCAGUGUCAUUACUGCAAUGAUGACAAAGAGAUUUCUUCUAAAGCUAUUCUUGGCAGUCCAAAAAAAGUGAACGAAUGCAGUGAUCUUGCCACUUGUAAGGCCAGGUUCGAGGAUGCAUCGAAAAGGAAGGAAAUCCCAAGUACCACACAGAGUUCCUCUAAUUGGGUAGAGCACUUUGAUGUGUCUGUGGGAAGGAUGGCUUACAUAAACACAGUGACUGGACUCAGCAAAUAUGUGGCUCCCCCAGAAAAAGAGACCCAAGCGAUCUGUACCACAGACAUAACCACAAUGGCAGUGAAUGUCGUCUCUGAAAAAGGAUUCGAGUAUAGGUGUUACCCCUUUCAGAUAGAGGCAAUAAUCCCUUUUCUUCCAAGACCAAGGGUAGAGAGAGCUAGCUCAGGGCAGGAAAGCAGAGAUGAUUCUGAAGCCGCUGAGUCUGUCCGUACUCUGCUUUCUGAGUGGGAGAACCCAGUGUUUGUUCGACAUCCCGAGGUUGCUCUCGAUGUGAGCAGUGGGCAGGCUGAAAGUUUGGCUGUGAAGAUCCACAACAUUCUCUACCCCUAUCGCUUCACCAAGGAAAUGAUCAAUUCCAUGGAGGUUGUUCAGCAAGUGGAUAAUAAAUUCAUUGCCUGUCUGAUUAACACAAGAUCUCGAGAGGACACAGAUAAAGAGGGCAACCUCCUGGUCUUGGUGGAUCAGCAUGCAGCUCAUGAAAGAGUCAGACUUGAAAAGCUUGUAACAGAUUCAUACGAAACCCACUCUGAAGCUUCAGGACCGAAGAGGCUGUGUUCCUCCACAGUGUGUCCUCCACUGGAGAUCGACGUGACUGAGGAGGAGCUGAGACUGUUGCGUUCAUGCCAGACUUUCCUGAAAGAGCUGGCACUGGAGAUGACGUUUGCUGAAAGAGAGGACUCAAAGAUUUUAGUUGGAAAAGUGCCCGUGUGUUUUAUAGAAAGAGAAGCCAACGAGCUUCGCCGGGGCAGACAGACUGUCACUAAAGCCAUUGUUGAGGAAUAUUUACGAGAACAGAUAGCGUUAAUCCAAUCAACAGGUCGGGUGCGAGGGACCCUGCCCCUGACAGUCCUCAAAGUCCUAGCUUCCCAAGCCUGCCAUGGAGCUAUCAAGUUUAAUGACAGCCUGAGUAUGGAGGAGUGCUGCAGAUUAAUUGAGUCCCUUUCGGUGUGUCAGCUGCCUUUCCAAUGUGCUCAUGGUAGACCCUCAAUGCUUCCUCUGGUAGACUUGGAUCAUUUAGAAAUGGAAAAGCAGGACCCUCCAAAACCAAAUCUAAUGAAACUGAGGAAGCUACAUCGAGCGUGGGAACUGUAUGGAAAGCAGUGAUGUGUUUGCGAUCAGUGAUUGCACAUCUAUUUCAUAUUUUCUCCUUUUAUGAGCAAUGCAAAUGAUUGAUACUGUAUUUAUGUAACUGUGAACCAGUUAAACUGGUUUGUGUUGUGAUGUAAAUGAUUGAGCUGCUAUAAUUUAUCUAAAAGUAUUUGUAUUUAUUAUAUGUAUGUAAUUCUAAUAAAAUGCUAAUGUUA